UGUUGGCCUGUAUGAGACUUGGGCCUAGACUCUCUAUCUAUGCAUACUAGAAAAGCAGUACCGGAGUGAAUAAUGGGGGAAUAAUGGCGUCUGAACUAGAGGAUGAUGAUCUUGAAGCUCUUAGAAAUGCAGCUUUGGCAACCCUUAAACCAAAAACUCAGCCUAUUCAGCAAGUUAUAUCAGGUGUUACUCGGCCUCAACAAGGUCUGCAUUGGAAUGAAUUUCCAGCUAGUGCUGAUAUUGUAUCAGAGUAUCACUACCAACCCGAGCCUUUGCCAGAACCUGACAUAACGUUACCUCUUGAUGUUUCUAUACCACCACCUGCACUUAGACCGCAACUGCCUCAUCCACAUGCGAGACCAUGGCAUCCUGUUUUCAACAAUGGGGUUAAAGGACCUGGGGAUAAAGUAUUCCAUAAACGUGGGUUUUCAUCAGACAGAAGGGGUUUCAACAGAGUUCAUCACAGAUCAUUUGGAGAUGGACGUCCUAUUAAUGAUAGAGGAAGAUAUCCACGCAGAGGAUAUGUUACAGAAAGAGGCAGAGGGUUUUUUCAAACUGGAAGGGGAAGAGGCUUAGGGCCAUUGGUUGACACAGACUCUGGUGUUGGUAACUUGAUUGUGAUUAACCCUCAAAGUCAGGCUCGUAAAGACAGCCAAGUGGAAACCACCUCACUCAUUUCUAACAGUCAACCACCCCAUCAAACAAAUGCCAAACCCAAGCUAAUACUACCACAAGAUAAAUACCAUUCUACUAGCCCUGCUGUGCCAUCUAUGACUGAGAUUAGUCAUACUGGUUCACCACAAUCUAAGCCACGAGACAAAUUUAGCCGCUACAAUGACAGUGGUAGUGAAGAUGAUGAAGACGACUGGAUGGAUAAUGUACAAGAUUGUGACACUCGUGUUGUAGAGCAUGCAGUAGAUGUCCCAGAACCUACAACUGUAGAGACCUCUUAUGAAGUUGAGGUUCGGAAAUUAGAUUUUUCAGACAAUGAAGAGGAAAAAAUAGACAGCCUGCUAAAAUCAGUUCCAGAAAAUACUGUUGACAGUGACAAUGAAAGUGUUGAUCUAGAUGUUUUAGCUGGAGAAGAACAAUCACUGGAUGAUUUGGCAGAAAAUCUUCUAGAUACUGAUGAUAAACCAUUUAGCCCUGAAAAAGAUGACACUAUUAGUAAAGAGGAAGUAAUUAAUGACAACUUGGAACCAAUAACUGUUAAAGAUACAGAGGAAUUGCCAAUUCAGCAUCUUACAGAAUCUUCUUCAUCUUCAUCAUCCUCAUCUUCUGAGAGUUCUAGUGAUUCUUCUAGUGAAGAAGAGGGUGAUGAUAAGGACAGAAAUUUUUUAAAUUUAGAAACCAGUAGUGUGAAAAGUCCAUUUACUGGUGAACAAAGUGAUUCCUUUCAAGUAGGAAUUUUAAAAAGUUCCCCAGUAACAUCCCCUACUCAAAGUAAAUCAAGACAGUUGACACCCACUUCUCCAGAUAGAUUAUCUUUACUGCUCAAUAAUUCAACUUCACCCAAAAGAUUUUUAUCACCAGAUCGAAUCUCACAGGAAGCUUCACCCCAAAAUAUUACAAAGCGCACAUCAUUAUCACCUAGAAAUCAUUCACCUUGGUCAUCAAAAAGGUCUCAAUCACCUGUAUCUACUAAGCGAUCAGUUACACCUGAGGGGGCUAGCAGUCUAAGACGAAAAUCUGCUUCUCCUAAUAUUUGUUCACCAAAAUCCUAUACAGUGUCUCCCAGAAAAUCUUCUUCACCGCAGAGACAGUUUUCUCAAAAGCAAUGGUCACCUCAAUCUCCUAGUGGACACUAUACUUCGCCAUAUAGAUAUCGAUCACCAUUACAGCGAUCCUUUUCUCCUAGGCGAUCAAAAUCACCUUCAAGAAAACCUUCACAAACAAAAUGGUCAGUCUCUCCUGAUAGAAGAAAUGUAUCACCACCCAGAAGGUCUCCAAGAAAUGCAUCAGUAUCUCCCAGGAGGCCGCUCUCACCAACAAGAAAACAUUUUUCUCCUAAAAGAUAUUUAUCACCAUUGAGAAGGCAACAGUCACCUUUAAGAAGAUGCUCACCUCCAUUGCGAAGGCCAUUUUCUCCUAUAAAAAGAUCAUCUCCACCUAGAACAUCAAAAUCUCCACCUAGAAGACCCUUAUCUCCUGUGAGAAGACCGUUGUCGCCUGUAAGAAGACCGUUGUCGCCUGUGAGAAGACCGUUGUCGCCUGCGAGAAGACCUUUGUCGCCUGCAAGGAGACCUGUGUCACCAUCGAGGAGACCUGUGUCACCAUCGAGGAGACCUGUGUCACCAUCGAGGAGACCUGUGUCACCAUUGAGGAGACCUGUGUCACCAUUGAGGAGACCUGUGUCACCAUCAAGAAGGCCCUUGUCACCAUCGAGGAGACCUGUGUCACCAUUGAGGAGACCCGUGUCACCAUCGAGAAGACCUGUAUCACCAUCAAGGAGACCUUUGUCACCAUCGAGAAGACCUACGUCACCAUUGAGGAGACCUGCAUCACCAUCGAGGAGACCUGUAUCACCAUCAAGAAGACGGUUAUCUCCUUCAAGGCAACCCUUAUCACCACCAAGAAGAGUAUCUUCUCCCUUAAGAAAACCUUUGACACCAACAAAUAGAUCAGAAUCACCUAGACAAAAUUCUCCUAGGAUAUCUCCUCACAGAAGAAACCCUGCUAGAGAUGACAGAAGACUUGCUAAGGGCAAGGGUUACACCGAUAGACAUUUAGACAGCAGAUCACAGAAAGAAAGAUACAGUAGAGAUUCUGAAUCCAAAUCUUUAUCUCAAUCAAAGGAAAAGUUGACAAGAAACAAUCGAGACUCUAGAUUAAAUAGGUCAAGAUCCAGAGAAAAGAAGGUAUCAUCAAGUAAAGAGAGUCCUGGACGAAGAGACAAAUCUGAAAAAAGAAAUAACAGAUCCAAAUCUAAAGAGACCAAAUCAGAUGAGCCACCUAUACCACAGUUAGACUUGAAUAAACUUACACCUGAUGAAAGAGCAAAAAUUGAAGCUCGUAUGAAAAAAUUUAGUACCACAGAGAUCAAAAUUGAUCCUGCAAAAAAAGUGUCUCUAAAAAGCAUUAAAGAACGCUCAAAAAAAAGAAAAAAGUCCAAAGAUGAAGAUCCACUCCCUGAGAAACGCCCCAAAAAGCUUUCUAAGGAAAAAUAUUCAAAGCAUGCAGAUGAAGUGGUAGCUCAUGAGCAAAAAGGCAAUGAAUCAAGCUCUGAAGAAAGUCAAAAACUUGUUGACUUAGAAGAUGAAAGUGAUGAUUCAGAGACUGCAAGAAGCUGGAGGCAGGAGGGAAACAAAACAUCUCAGCUAACACUCACCAAGUCAAAUGCUGUUUUUGGGAGUCUAGAUCGUGUACAAGUUAGUAAAGAAAAGCACAGCUAUACUCAUCGCCCUGUUAUUCCAAGGAAGCAUAGAGUAAGGGAAAGACUUGGUGCAACAGCUUACCCUAAGCUUCAGCAUGCUAACCACCUGGAAUCUGAUGAUAGUGAUGAUGCAAGUGUGCCUAAUAGACUGACCAGCAGUGUUGUUACAAAAAAACCUUUCAGACAUGACAAUCCACCGCAAAAAAUAAUUGUGCAAAUACCAGGAUCUGCACAAAAGCAAAAAAAGAAAUCAAAGACAAAACCAGAUUUUUCUAAAGUUUAUUCCAUCCCUGCUAAGAGAAAAGCAGAGCAGGAAGAAGAAAGUUCUUCUGUAUUGGAAAAAAAAACUAAAAAGAAAAAGAAAGAAAAAAAAAAGAAGAAGCAUUUGAAAGAAAUAGUGGACGCUGAUGAUGAAGGUCCCCCUGCCUCUGAAGGAGUUAUAGUUCAGGAAGCUUGUGCAUCUGUGGAACUGCCGUCUGUACCUUCACGUCCAUCUGUUUAUGAUAGGCUUGGAAAGAAAGUACCCCUGACCCAACACAAGGAGAAGAAAAAAAAGAAAAAGAAGAAAAAUCAAUCCAAUGAUGAAGAUUCUUCAGAUCUUGAUGCCAAGAUUCAAAAGAUCAAGGAAGAAAAUGCAAUCCGUGCUCAACGACAAAGGGAGAUAGAGUUGGACAAGGAAAAGUAUGGAUGAAAGACACAUUGGAUUAUAUGAUUCAUUGUUUGGAAUGUUUUUAUAUAAUUUUGUUUUAACACUUACAUUUUGAUUACAAAGAAAUCAAUGUGUAAAAUUAUUUAUGCAUGUAAUACAUCUUUAGGUCUUGUCAGUUACUAAUCUUAAAAAAUUGUCUGGAAGUUUUAUUUAGUUAACAAUAGUUUUCCAAUAUAAAGUAACAGCUAUUCUUAAUAGAGCAACGUAUUAGCGUAUUAGCAACCUCUUCUUUAAUUUUUAAAUAUAUUAUUCCAUCACUAAAAUUUUCAAUACUGUUAUGAGAAAUUAAAUUUGAACUAGCGUAAAGAGUACGUUUGGUUCACUGACGACCAAUAGUUCUUGCCCAUUCUUGAUAGAUUUCUUCUGUCGGGAUCUUGCUAUUACGACAAAAAAAAUAUCAUAGUUUGCGAGUAAACUUCAAGCAGAUAUUUGAAAUUAGCUUGUUACAAAGUUUUUAAAUUUGUUCCUAAAUAUAUUUAUUAGAGAAAUAUUGAAUUUUGGAGAAUAAGUAAUGUGUGAUGUUAAGAAAGGUUAUGUUUGUGAUUUAAAAAUGAAAUAAUGUUUUGUUAAUGUCAAGUCAAUUACUAUGACAUUAAUGAUUUGUUAAUGAGAUUGUUUAUAUUUUUUGUACUUAUGUUGUAGAACAAUAAAUAAAUUUUUUAAAUUGUUAAACCAGAUUGAUAAUGCGAAGAGAGCAUUGGUAUUUUCCCUAAAAAAAAAAAGCACUUUAUUGCCUACUUAGGCAUUACACCGUUGGAUAAAGCGCACUUAAUACAUACCUGGAUAAAGCGCACUUAAUACAUACCGGUAAUUAAGUGUUGUUAGUCCUGUGAUAGACUUUUUAAAACCCAACAGUUUACUUGUUCUUCUAGCCAUGCAGUGCUAAGUUUAGGCUGCACAUAUUUUUUUUUUAAAACUCAAUUAUCCAUGCAGGUGAAAAAAAUUGCUUUUUUGUGUGGUGUAAAAUUGUACAUUUUGUUUGAAAUAAAACUUUUAUUCAGCUGCU